AAAUCAGUUUAGGGCUAUUUAGGGCGGGAACGUAACUGAGUCUUAUUGCUUGAGGAAGUGUACCUAAAAGCAGCAGCUCCUAUAAAGAAGAUGAAGAAACUUUUCUCAGCAUUUCAAUCAGGAAGACAACGUCAAAACAAGCCAUGAAAAUCAGAAUUUUUAGCUAAUUUUCUCCCUAGGAACAGGUGGACAACUAGAAAAACAAAAAUAAAACAAAAUUGUUCAUUGUGACUUUCCUUCACCUCAACAUCUUCAUUGUGGAAUCACAGAGGGAUUUAUAAAGCACCUCAAGCUCAGAAUAUCCCUCCAGGAAGGCAACACUAAGGAUUGCUGUGUUUUGUCACCCAGCUCUAGAGGCAUGAGCUGGUUCCCCAGAAGCCUUGGGAAUUCCCAGGGGAACACAGGGCAGCUGAAAAAUCGACUGGAAGAUCUGAAAAAGCCCUGGAAGAAAGAAGCCAGCCCUUCAAUGCUACAGCACAGUGAGACUGCCAGGCUGGCUGUGGAUGCCUUUCUGGAACAGGGAGAAGCUGGCUAUUUGCAGGUCAUCGCUAAGGAAAAGGAGCUACCUUUCCUUUCCACAUCAGACAUGGUUUACAUGGGCCAGCACAUUCAAAGCAUCCCAGAAUCUCCAAAAAAGAGGCUAGAGGAAGGACUCUCAAGAAGCAACAGCAUGGACAGGGAAUCUCUCCUCUCUGAAGUCACAUCUGGGACAUACUUCCCAUUUAUGUCAGAUAUUGAUCCCCCUCAACUGGAGCUGGGUUGGCCAAAGGUGCCUUCUGUCACAGUGCUCAGCCGAACAGAAGUCAGUUUGUAUUUCCAAAGAGACAAGGCAAACAAUGUGAAGGAGUUACUUCGAUCUCUGAUAAGCAAGGCCAAGACAGUGAUUGCAAUUGUGAUGGAUCUCUUCACAGAUAUGGAAAUACUCAGUGAUCUGAUAGAAGCUUCAAACAAACAUCAUGUUCCUGUUUAUCUGAUCCUUGAUGAAAAAAACUUGAAGGAGUUUAUAGAAAUGUGCAAUAAAAUGGAGCUCACUAUGGAUGACUUUUCAAAUAUGCGCAUACGAUGUGUAAGUGGAGAUACAUACUACAGUAAAGCUGGCAAGAAGCUUACAGGACAAGCCCUUGAGAAAUUUGUGUUGAUAGACUGCGAGCAAGUCCUUGCAGGGACUUACAGUUUUACAUGGCUCUGCAGCCAGGUGCAUACCAGUCUAGUGAUGCACUUCAAAGGAAAAAUUGUUGAUGAUUUUGACAGAGAGUUCCGAUGCAUAUAUGCUGAAUCUAGAUCAGUGAAUCAACUCAGAAUCCCUGCUGCUGAAAAUUCCACACCUUCUCCUUACAGGAUCAUGCAGAAAUUUGAGCCCAUUUUAAAACAUAUUCAACUGAAUGAGUGUGAAGCCAUCAGUCCUUCAAGCAGCCUUUCAAAUUCCAGUGCUGUGACCAUAAAGAAAUCACCAUAUCUCACCCAAUCAAUUUCCAAUGUACUCUAUGAAAAGAAAGAAUUAACUCCAGGUGAAACAAGAAAGACCAGCUCAGGCUUACUGGAACUUAGGAACUUGAGAUACCGGUCCAAAGAGCAGCUAGAUUCUAACUGCAGCAUAUCAACUAAAUUAAAGCCUCCACUCAAUGAUGCUUCUAAUUUAUUGAAAUUGAAGACAUCUUUGCUAUCAGUAUCUUCACCAGUAUUAGGUGACAACACAGGAAAUGGACAUGAUUUUCAGUUUCUUCCUGAGAAUAAUGGAAUAAAAGAUAACAAGAAGUUCCUUUAUACUCAACCAGUUGAAAAUUCAAGCAAAAUACAGAAGGAUGAAAAGACAGUAACUCAUGGAUACAACAAAUUAGAGUUCAUUAACAAGCCUACUAAAUCUGUAAAUUAUGAGAUAAAGGAGAUCUCUAAAGUUCCUAAAUUCCAUGAUGUCUCUGAUGAUAUGCCAAUGGAGAAGAACAGCAACUUAUGUAGGGAUGAAAAAAGGAUGACUCUUGGUCACAGUAAAUUGGAUUUGAUUACCAACUAUAACAAAUCAAAAUCAAAACUAAUUCAUAGUCGAUUUGAAGUGUAAUCUAACAAAAAUGUUUGAUCUCAAGUCAAAUGUGGAAUGAAACUGUCAAUAUAUCUAAAACACAUCAGAUUUAGCUCAGAAAUAUUGGGAAAGCUUAAAAAAGCUUAAUAAAGCCAGAAAAAUAAUCUAAAAUCUCCUA